CCCUUUUUGCGUGUCUUUGUUGAUCAUUAUCAUGACACAGUCCAAUAGGCCUAUAACUUGUCUAGCUAGGAGUUCCAAGCGCGAGAUCGAAAAGACAAAGGUAAAAUCUGCCAGGGUUUCGAAGCGUCGCCGCAAAGCGUAAUCCAGUACAGUUUUAACAAUUUGCCCAACCGAAAUCAAGUGAUCACAUCAAUAUGCUCAAAUCAUCGCUCUUUCUCGGCCUCAUAACGAUUUUAGGUCCAGGAGCAUAUGGACAAGAGGACAAGGUCUUGUGGCUGGCAGCCUUGGAUGGGGACGUGGAUACGGUCAAGGCCGCUGUGAAUGGAGGGGUCACAUCAAGGCUGGCCAAUGAGAAUGGUCUGACAUUGCUUCAUGCGGCAGCAAUGGGUGGUCACUUGUCUUUGGUCAAGUUCUUGGUGGAAAAUGGAGCGGGAGUGAACCGGAAGAAGGUCAAAGGGGAAACGCCUCUUUUUAUCUCUAGCGCCAAUGGCAGGGUCGAAGUGGUCAAAUACUUACUUGAACAAGGAGCCAAAGUUGACAAACCUGACGAUGACAAGUGGACCCCUCUUCACAUUUCUGCUUACCACGGACACUUGGGUGUCGUUCAGCUCUUGGUGGAGAAUGGUGCCAAUGUGAACUUGGAAGUAGAUGAAGGAGCCACUCCCGUUUUGUUUGCUAGCCAAAAUGGUCACACUGAAGUUGUCAAAUAUCUUCUGGAGAAAGGCGCUAAUCCAAAUAACUACGACAACGUUCGAAGGACCCCUCUUCACAUGGCAGCCCUGAAUGGGCACAAAUCUGUAGCCCAGGUCUUGCUCAAGGCUGGAGCAAGGACAAAUAUCAGAGAUGGAAAUGGAAUGACGCCCAAAGCAGCCGCCUUGUCAAGUGACAAUAGUGACUUGGCUAAUAUCUUAUGAUUCGUUUCCACUGCAUAAAAAAAUCUUUUAAGAGUUUGAGAAUGUAAAAAAAAGUAUUUCUAUACGA